AUGACUUCAACUACUCAUAACAUUUCUGCAGAACCAGAACCGGCAUCGGUCAGCAAUGCCAUGGGCAACACGCAAGAAGACAUCGAGCUCUCCGAUAGCGCCAAUGCUCAAAAUGCCACCAAACUCGACGACCCAUACCUCGUCGCCUUCGAAAGUCCCUUCGAUCCAACCAACCCCAAAGACUGGGACAGAGUCAAGAAAUGGACGGUAACAGACGUCCUGUCAGCAACAGGAUUCAACCGUAUCAUGGUCUCGACGAUUAUGGCUCCUGCUAUUACGACGAUCGCCGCCGAGCUCCACAUGUCCUCUGCUGAGUCAGUCAUGGCUUUAAGUAUCUACUUGCUUGCUACAGCGUUCGGCCCACUGGUCAUUGGACCUCUGAGUGAAGUCUGGGGCAGGAAGCCGAUUUUGCAUGCAAGCAAUAUUUGGUUCCUGAUUUGGAACGUUGUCUGUGGGUUUGCGAAGACGAAAGGAACGCUGAUUGCUGCGAGGUUCCUGGCUGGCUUUGGGGCCAGUGCGAUCUAUGCUCUCGCGGGUGGGCCGAUCAUUGGUGGCUUCAUGGCUGAACGGACCACUUGGCGCUGGAUGUUCUGGUCGACGUCAAUCUUCCAAGCUGUCAUGAUCGUGGCAUCUUUUAUGGCAUUUCACGAAACAUACGCACCACUCAUCCUCAAGCGUAAGGCAGCGAAGCUUCGCAAAGAGACUGGCGACCAGCGAUACGUCACUGCAGCUGAGCGACUCGAAGGUGGACGUCCACUACCCAUCUCACGCAUUGUCGGAAGAAGCCUAGCGAGACCGCUGCGUCUUCUGGCAUUCCAUCCCAUCAUCCAGUACCUCGCCUUCCUGUCAGCCUUUCAAUAUGGCAUUCUUUACAUCGUCCUCUCAACAUUCUCGGAUCUCUGGGUCAAGCAAUACCAUGAGCGCAUCGACAUUUCCGGCCUUCACUAUAUCGCGCUUGCACUUGGAGAAAUCUUGGGCUCACAAGUGACUGGCCCGAGCAUGGAUGGCACUUUUAAGUAUCUCAGAGACCGCGCUAAUGGCGAAGAGAGGCCUGAGUGGCACGUACCAAUGAUGGUUCCAGGUGCUCUACUUGGUCCUAUUGGACUCCUUUGCUAUGGCUGGGCAGCUCAAGCUCGUGCUCAUUGGGCGGUUGUUGAUCUGGGAGGAGUGCUGUUCGCGUUCGGAGGACAGAUUGCUGGACAGCCAAUGCAAGCUUAUAUCAUCGACUCGUACCCGGAAUACGCCAGCUCUGCGACUGCUGCGAGCCAAUUUGUGAGGAGUGUAACAGCGUUCGCAUUUCCGCUCUUUGCGCCGAAGAUGUAUGAAGUUCUUGGGUACGGUUGGGGCAACACCACCAUUGCUUGCAUUGGGCUCGCCAUUGGAGUGCCUGCGCCGUUAUUUCUGUGGUAUUAUGGGAGACGACUCAGGGCGAGAGCAUAUGCCAAGACGAAGUCAGCAGUCUGGUCGGGCAAAUGUGCCAGCCUAGCCCUCGCCGUCGCUGUUUAG